CAUAAUAAAUGUCUGCUGAGUCCCUCGGGUUCACACGGCAUGGCUUUGAGCCAACUCACUCGGACCACCUUCAGCAGUAGUCUCGGCCCUGGGUCCCUCUCCAGAUCCGAGAAUGCCCUUGGCUCCUUCCUGAAGCCACAGGAGUCUUGAACGGCCCAAGCGCCAGAGUACUCUUCGAAGGGAUGUCCGGGUGCCGUGGCGGAAAUAGCAGAUAUGGGGACUCUGGUGUUACGGCCUUGGAUUCGAGAGUUGAUCCUGCGAUCAGAAGAACUCUCAAGUCCACAAGCUGGGCAGCUCCUUAAGGUGUUGCAGGACGUGGUGACCGCGGGUCCAUCCCACGCGUCUGACAUCCUUGACGGCGGAGCUAUGCUGCUUGUGUCCGACGGGACCCACAGUAUCCGAUGCCUGGUGACGCAAGAAGCCCUGAACACCUCAGACUGGGAGGAGAAGGAGUUCGGAUUCACUGGGGCCGAGGGCCGGCUACUUCUACUGCAGGUCUGUGAGGUCCGCAUCCAGAUUGCUGAUCGUGGCUCGCCUGCAGAGUUCUACCUCCAGGUGGACCGAUUCAACCUGCUGCCCACGGAGCAGCCCCGGGUACCGGUGACUGGUUGCAACCAGGACCUAGAUGUGCAGAGAAAGCUCUAUGACUGCCUUGAGGACCACCUUUCAGAGUCCAACUCUUCCAACACAGGCCUAACACUGACCCAGCUUCUGGAUGAGGUACAGGAGGACCAGGAGCAUCGGAGGGCACUGGUUCACCUGGCUGAGAGCUGCCUAAUACUGGCAGGCCCUUGCACAGCACCUCCACUCACCGGCUGGGCUGCCUCUCGUUGCAGGGCCACGGAAGAAGCCCUGUAUACUGUUCCCAGUUUAUUGCUGCACGUCUCUGAGAAUGACCAGCAAAUUCUGAACUCUCUGAGCUCAAGUCAGAGGACACAGGGAGCCCCUUCCUUACCUGGGCAUGAGCCAUCGGAAGAUAGUGCCAGUAUCAGCCUUCUGCCUGCCUCACCUUUGGCUACUCCAGACCCAGUGCAUAGGGAUAGCUCCCAGCCCUCACCAACCAUCUGCUCAGCCCCUGGGCCUGUGCUCCCCAUUUCCCCACACCGUAGUAAUACACCUGACUCCCCAUAUCUGAGCUGCACCCCCAGUCCGCCAUCCCUUGGCCAGGUCCCCAGUCCACAUCAGGCUCAUAAUACUAAGCCCCAGAAGCUUAAUCUGGAGUUCAAGGAGCAAGGAUCGACCCCUAACAAGCAGCAGUGUUCUCCAGAGACCAGAACCAAGAGAGACCAGGAGCCCUGUGCUGUCUGGGAUCCCCCAACAAGGCAUCGAGAUGGUUCUGCCUUCCAAUAUGAAUAUGAGCCACCUUGUGCCUCCCUCUGUGCUCAAGUCCAAGCUGCCAGGUUGCCCCCUGAGCUCGUGGCCUGGGCUUUGCACCUUCUGAUGGAGCCAAAGCCACAGGCUGAGCCAGCUCAGGUAUGAAGGAUCAUGCGGGCAUAUUGGAGGAUGUGCACACACAGGUCCAGCUGAGAACAAACAAUGCUCCUCCACAUGCUGCUUUCUUCAAGUUUUUUAAUAAAAUAAUCUCAUGCGGCA